GUGCGCGCCGCCAGCGUUCCGGCCGUGCGCGCCGCCAGCGUUCCGGCUGUGUGCGCCGCCACGGCGGGGCCUGCGGCGGGCGGACAUCCGAGCUCCUCCGUAUUCCACUCCCGGGGCGCCCCGGGCACUGAGGGGCUGCCGCUAGGAAUUUGGUGGGGACCGUGAUCUGUCGCGAUGAGUUUUCUGCUGCCGAAGCUGACCUGUAAGAGUGAAGUGGAUCAGGCAAUAAAAAGCGUGGCUGAGAAGGUUUUGGUCCUCCGUUUUGGAAGAGAUAAUGAUGCUGUUUGUCUGCAGCUCGAUGAUAUUCUUGCAAAAACAGCUCAUGACCUAAGUAAGAUGGCAGUCAUUUACCUGGUGGAUGUGAACAGUGUCCCAGUGUACACCCAGUAUUUUGACAUCAGCUAUAUCCCGUCUACUGUAUUUUUCUUCAAUGGACAACACAUGAAGGUUGAUUAUGGGUCUCCAGAUCACACCAAAUUUGUAGGAAGCUUCAAAACAAAGCAAGACUUUAUAGAUCUGAUUGAAGUGAUCUACCGCGGAGCAAUGCGGGGAAAGCUCAUUGUGAGAAGUCCUAUUGAUCCCAAGAACAUUCCUAAAUAUGACCUUCUCUACCAAGGAAUUUAAUGGGUUGACCUGAGAUAAGAAGUACACAAAUGGGUGAUGUUGUAGAUCCCUUUUUCCUUUGAACACUUUUGGCCUCCUCUGACACUGUGGGACAGUUUGAGCAUUUAUCCUGAAGGAUCAUAUUGGUCUCCUUCUGAAGACAGAUAUUCUGUCGCCUCAUGCUUCUCUCGUAAAUAAAGCUCCAUGUUCAUGCACAGA